CCGAAGCACCCCGUCGUGUUCUGCCACGGCCUCCUCGGCUUCGACUCCGUCACCAUCGGCCCCGCCAUCGCCCCGCUCGAGGUCUCCCACUGGCGCGGCAUCAAGGAGGUCCUCGAGGCCAACGGCACAGAGGUCCUCAUCACCCGCGUCCCCGCCACCAGCAGCCCCGUCGACCGCGCAAAGGUCCUCGAGCGCACAAUCGAGGCCGCCUACCCCGGCAGAGCAGUCCACCUCAUCGGCCACAGCAUGGGCGGCCUCGACUGCCGCUACCUCACCACCCACCUCCGCACACACACCUUCACCGUGCUCUCCCUCACGACCCUCGCGACCCCGCACCGCGGCUCCGCCUUCGCCGACCACUUCCUCGCCACCGUCGGCCGCGCCCGCCUCCCCUCCGUCCUCGCCCUCCUCGACCUCCUCCCGAACGGCGGCGGCGACGGCGCGGCGUUCGAGUGCCUCACGCGCGAGAGCAUGCGCGCGUUCAACGACGCGACGCCCGAUGUGCUGGGCGUGCGGUAUUUUAGCUGGGGCGCGCAGUACGAGCCCGGGCUCAUUGAUACGUGGAAGUGGCCGCACUCCGUCAUCCUCGAACAAGAAGGCCCAAACGACGGCCUCGUCUCCGUCGAGUCCUCAAAAUGGGGCACCUACCUCGGCACCCUGCACGACGUGAACCACCUCGACCUCGUCGGCUGGAUCAACGCCGCGCGCUACAAGUGGGCCGCCCUCUGCGGGCGCGAGAUCCAGUUCAGGCCCGCGACGUUUUACCUCGGCGUCGCGGACCUGCUUGCGCGC